AUGCCGCGCUUCUUGAACACUUGGACGGGCGAAUUCGAGUGGCAUCCCGAUCCAAAAAAAGUCACCUACGCUAUCCUGUCCCACGUUUGGCGUGAUCCGAAGGAUGGCGGCGAACAAUCGUACCACGACGUCCUGAAGAUCCAGGCAGCCGUGAAGAGAGGCCGGUUCAAAUUGUCCCGAGCCCCUGACGCCUCACUCACCAAGUACCGUAAACGUGGGACGAUCUUCGCCUACCCCGGCCUUUCAGACAAAAUAAAGGGCUUCUGCAAGGUUGCGCGCAAGGCCGGUUUCCGUCUCGCAUGGAACGACGCCUGCUGCAUUGACAAGACCAGCAGUGCCGAGCUCUCUGAGGCCAUAAACUCGAUGUACGAGUGGUACAGACUUUCAGACAUGUGCUAUGUCUACCUCGCAGACGUUCCGGACGGAGAUCGGCCUCAGGAGUUUGGCAGCAAAUUCCAGGAUAGCAGGUGGCACAGGCGUGGCUGGACCUUGCAGGAGCUCAUCGCACCCGAGUGUCUCAUCUUUCUGACGAAGACCUGGCGCUUCCUAGGAUCGAAGAUGGGGCUCGCUAGGACCUUGGAGAAUCUCACUGGGAUAAACCUCGAUAUUCUCACCCACCGGACUACGUUGGACUCAAUCAGUGUGGCGGGGAGGAUGUCGUGGGCGGCCAAGCGGUACACAACGCGCGUGGAGGAUCGUGCGUACUCCUUGAUGGGCAUCUUCGACAUCCACAUGUCGCCGAUCUACGGCGAGGGCGAGAAUGCCUUCCUCCGUCUGCAAGAGGAGAUCAUCAGGACAAUCCCUGAUCAAAGCAUAUUCGUCUGGGGAGAUCGCCUGGCCCCAUCCCCGCCCCACCAUGGUGUCCCGGCAGAGGAUGCAGAGGACGCACAAUCAGCGAUUCGGGCCAGAGUUGAUGCGCUGUGGCUAGAGAGCGACGGACGCUCUACGGGCGCAAAUGACCGGAUUGUCCACUCGGCACUCCGCAAAUGCAGGACAUGGACCGGAAUAUGUCUGCGAUGA